UGAAAAAUCAAAUAGAAGACAAUCGGGAUAAGCCACUUGUGGAGAGCUCGUGCAAGAAGCACUUCCCAUUUUCUCAUUCACAUCCAACGCCUCACAUUCAGUCCCAUCAAAGGGAUAUACCCAACACACUUUGUCUCCCUUCCUGAUCUGCUCCAUAUCUCUGACAAGCUGAGCAAAUUAAGAGGAGGGACUACUAUGGCUUCUAUAACGAUGGCAUUUGCUCCGGCGGCAGCAGCAGGAAGAGUGUUUGCGGCAACGGCGGCAAAGGGUGCCGGCGGAAGCAAGGAGGAGAAAGGGAUUCUGGACUGGAUUCUGGGAGGUUUACAGAAGGAGGAUCAGCUGCUUGAGACCGACCCAAUACUUAAGAAGGCGGAGGAGAAGAAUGGUGGCGGCGCUGCCGCUGGGGGCAAGAACUCUGUGGCAGUCCCGCAGAAGAAGAAGGGUGGCUUUGGAGGGCUCUUUGCUAAGAACGAAUAAGAAUCUUUCUGGCAUGCAUUUGUUCAAUGCCAUCCAUGCAUGUUCAUGUCUCUCCUUUUUUCUUUCAAAUCUCUGGUGAUUAUGGAAUGCUUAAGUUGUGUUUACUUCUUGGUAUUCUGUAUCUAAGGAUCAUUAAUAUUAAUUAUUAAUUCAUUUUGGGUCA